AUGAAGGAGUCAGAAACUGUAUCUGACUACAUCACGCGUGUACAAAUAGUGGUGAACCAACUCACUAGAAAUGGAAAAACGGUGACUGAUGCACAAGUUGUUGAAAAUAUUCUAAUAUCUUUAACAAAUAAAUUUGAGAAUAUUGUGUAUGCAAUAGAAGAGUCGAAGGACCUUUCGACGCUCUCAGUCGAAGAGCUCGCUGGUUCUCUCGAAGCACACAAACAACGUAAGAUAAAAAAGAAGGAGGAAGCAGUCGAGGAAGCACAUCAAACCAAGGAGUCAAUCAAAGACGAAAAGAAUCGAUAUCCACAUUCGAAGUUAGAAGAUCAAACACCACAAGAAGCAUGGAGCGGACAGAAGCCAACAUUUUCUCAUCUCAAAGUAUUUGGUAGUGUGGCUUAUGCACACGUACCAGGUCAACGAAGAACGAAGCUUGAAGAUAAAAGUAAGAAGUACAUAUUCAUUGGGUAUGAUGAGAAGAAAAAAGGGUACAAGCUAUUCGAUCCCAAAACCAAGAAUGUGAUAGUGAGUAGAGAUGUUCGAAUAAACGAAGAGAGCAAGUGGGAUUGGAACAAUUCGACAUAA